UAUGCUUGUAACUUCACAUUGACAAUAGUCCAAGAGUUCGCGGUACGAUUGCUAGUGGCCGUUUACGACAUAGCAAUUAAUCCGUGUGAGAAAUCAUGGGGGCUAGUCAGUCGGGUCAAACGCGAACUGUAACCAUGGAAAAUCCGACGCCCGCGGGUGUAAUUGACAUCUCAGAUGCCGUAGUCCAUCGCCUUCGUAACAACUUAGCGAAAGGCGAAACUGCCACUAAGGAAAAACCAAGCCCGUCCACUGACGGUGCCGGCAACGCAAAACAACCGAAACCGGUGCCACCACCAUCACCUGGUGUUGGGAUUCCCAGCUCGUACCCGAGUCCCGGGAGAUAUUCGCAGGCAGCCUUUGUCCAAGAGCACGGUGGCGAACCAACAAUCACAGCCAUUGAAGUCCGUCGACAGAAGGAUGCUGAACUGGCGCAAAAUGAUUUAUACUGGCGCCGGCGGAUGGCACAACAUGAACAGACACUAAACAAAACUAACGCAAUUAUGGAGAAGGAAUACUCUGCUGCAAUUGAAGAUGUGCGUGCUCGAUUCCAAAAUGCUCCGCCAACACACCAGCUUCCACCGUGUCAGGACCUUAAAUCCCAACUGAUUGAGUGCUAUCGCGCCCAUCCUAGCGAGAGUUUAAAGUGUGCUGAAAAAGUCACUGCUUUCACCAAUUGCGUUAGUCAAAAUCGAAUUAGGAAAUUAGAUGGCGAGGAGAAAGGGCCACAGCGCGGCCAAUAAGAAGAAUAAAUAGAUAAGUGAUCCUAGACAAGACAAGAGUUGUGGGAAAAACAAGGAGAUGUCGCGCAUUGAUUUCGGGUCCUAUCACUAGUGUUGUCAUAAUCUGUGAGGCAGGAGAAGAGUAAUAAAUGAAAGUUGCAAAAUCCAUUUGAAA